CCAUCUUUUACAUUGACAAAAUUCGAAAACUUUUUAUCCACUGCCCAUUCUUCAGUCUUCACAAGCUUCUGCCAACAAGGAGACGAAGAACUUCUUCCAACAACGCCGUCGCAUCCUUUCCAUCAUACUAUGGAUCUAGGCGGGCAUUGCGGUCGAAAUUUGUGGAAAUUGCGUCUGGCUAGGGAUUUGCAAGAUGGAUACUUUACGGCAAUUGAGGAAACGGAAUGCAUAUGUAAGCAUGGCAGUAGAAGAGAUUUUGUUUGAGGAACUAAUGCACUUCGUCCUGGUGAUUGAUUUUAUUGAGAAGUCAAAAAAACGAAAGCGUAAGCAUAGAACCUUGGUAGAGCCAUAUGGAAUGAUUCGUAGAAUUCCAGACCAAACUAAGCAUUUGAAUAGGAUUAUUGGUUUUAGUGAUAUGGACUGCAUACUAAAUCUUCGAAUGGACCGGAAUACAUUUGGCCGACUGAGCAGUUUAUUGAGGGUUCUAGGGGGUCUCACCGACAGUAGGUUUGUGACCGUGGAGGAACAGGUCGCGAUGUUUCUUUGCAUCCUCGCACAUCAUAAAAAGAAUAGAGUCGUUAAAUUUGACUUUUGGAGGUCCGGUCAAACGGUUUCACAUUACAUACAUGUCGUGUUAAAGGCAAUUCUAAGGCUGCACGUUAUUUUGAUGGUCAAACCGACCCCAGUGGCUGAUGAUUCAACUGAUGGAAGAUGGAAAUGGUUCAAGGGUUGUCUAGGUGCAUUGGACGGAACGUAUAUCAACGUGAUGGUGUCAAACACCGAUAAACCGAGAUACAGAACUCGAAAAGGGCAAAUUUCAACUAAUGUCCUAGCCAUCUGUGACCAACACAUGAAGUUUGUAUAUGUCUUGCCCGGGUGGGAGGGUUCUGCAGCUGAUUCUCGGAUUCUUCGUGAUGCUGUUAGCCGAGUUAAUGGGCUGAAAGUGCCGAGGGGUUCGUAUUAUUUGUGCGAUAAUGGAUACGCCAACUCUGAAGGUUUCCUAACACCAUACAAAGGUGUUAGGUACCACCUUAAGGAAUGGGGACCUAAUGCUGUUCGUCCACAAAAUAGGGAGGAAUUGUUCAAUCUUCGUCAUUCUCGUGCACGUAAUGUGAUAGAACGUGCUUUUGGGAUAAUGAAGAUGAGGUGGGGGGUUUUACGUAGCACCACCUAUUACCCUAUUAAGGUUCAGGUCAAACUCAUAAUGGCAUGUUUUGUAAUAAACAACUUCAUAAGAUCAGAAAUGGCAGUUGAUCCAAUCGAGCAAGCCUUCGACAAUUUGCCCAAUGAAAACGAAUUCUUAGAUGGUGAUCACGGUGAACACAUUGAUACCAUUGAAUCUAGUGCUGAAUGGACAGCACAUAGGGAUGCUAUUGCACAGAGUAUGUGGCAGGAAUAUAUAUUGCAACACUGAGCUGGGAUGGAAGCAUGUGGUCAGGGGAGGUACCAAAAUCCCGAGUGCAGUUGUGGUCGGAGGACUUUACUAUUACGUGCCGGUCAAAGAGCCCAUAAUGCAGGGCGUUAUUACUAUAAGUGUCCCACUUUUCAGAAUCAUCUAGAUGGUUUCUUUUGGUAUGAUGAGUUCCAGCAGCGCUCACGUGGCGACAUGUAUUCGACUAUGCAUCGGUGGACCACAAGCAAUCAAAACACGCACGUGGAGCAAUCCGCAACUUCAUCUGGUAGUCGAUACAUGGAAGGCAUGGUUGAGGGUAUGCAUGAACGUGCAUCUGCGUCUCCUAGCAACGAGAUGCAUAAUCAUGGAGCUUUCAUGUUUAUCUGCGUGUUUUUUCUUGGUGUUCUCGUUGGGAAGUUCCUCUGAUGCAGCUGGUUUUAUUUUGUUUAUUUGUAGGCUGAAUCUUUUUCUAUUUUGUGACUGCAAGGAAGGAAACACUGUGUCCAGUGACUUUAUCUAUUUAUUCCUUUUGUAUAUUGUAUAGUUUGGUGACUCGUGU